UUCAUUUCCUUAAAUAUAAAUUUUAUAAUGCUAAACAUUAUUUCCACCAUCGUUUUGGCGUGCUGUUUUUUUCAAAUGCAAGGCAGCUCGUCACUGAGACACUCUGAGCUAAGCGACGGACUUAAAGAUCAGCACGAGAACAUUGUACCUCGCGGGCGCACGUUGCGGUCGCUUCCGGAACUAGCCGGGGUCCAAAAUAUUGCUGAUUUCACCUUCAGCGGGCUUCCGAACUUGGUAAAGCCGCACGAUACUAUAGACAGCAUUCCAAGUGAAUACAUUAAUAUUACGCGCAAACGUUUAUAUGGUAGAAACCGAUGCAGGAGAGUGACAACGGGUGUUCUUGAUACUGGUGAAACUCGUAGAAUACAAAGCAACUCGAUGCGGGAGCUAGCACUCUGCCCUUGGAGGUACGUGGUGAACGAGGAUGAAAACAGAGUUCCCCGACAGAUCGCCGAGGUCCAGUGCACGUGCAGGCGGCCGGGGUUGUCCGACGCUGUGUGUUUUCCGGUGACAAUGUACACGAGGGUGAACCGUCGGGUUUGGCACGAGAACGGAGAUUUCCGGUACAGGAGUGUCCUGGAGCCGCUCAGUGUCGCCUGCGUCGCAACUGUCCUUUCUGGGAGGGCUGCUGACCAGGGCACUGUUAGACUUGGCCAACGAUAAAAAUAUGUGCAUUUUAUAAAUAAAAUGAGACAUCUCUGACACUUGCAUGCUUUAUGAUAUUUGCUGAAAAUAUAUGACCACAAUGUUUACUUGGCAGUUAAU